UUCUCCCUCCGCAGGUCUCUGGCACCGGUGAUGAGCAAUGGGGUAUGAUGUAGCGCGGUUUCAGGGGGACGUCGACGAGGACCUCAUAUGCCCCAUCUGCAGCGGGGUCCUGGAGGAGCCAGUGCAGGCUCCUCACUGCGAGCACGCCUUCUGCAAUGCCUGCAUCACGCAGUGGUUCUCGCAGCAGCAGACGUGCCCCGUGGACCGCAGCGUGGUGACGGUCGCCCACCUGCGCCCCGUGCCGCGGAUCAUGCGGAACAUGCUCUCCAAGCUGCAGAUCACCUGCGACAACGCCGUUUUCGGCUGCACGGCCGUGGUGCGGCUCGACAACCUCAUGUCUCACCUCAACGACUGCGAGCACAACCCCAAGCGCCCGGUGACCUGCGAGCAGGGCUGCGGCUUGGAAAUGCCCAAGGAUGAGCUGCCAAACCACAACUGCAUCAAGCACCUGAGGUCCGUGGUGCAGCAGCAGCAGACCAGGAUCGCCGAGCUGGAGAAGACCUCGGCGGAGCACAAGCAUCAGCUGGCUGAGCAG